AUGACCUCCCUGUCACUCAAGGAGUCCCUGUUGCAGAAACUGUUUAGGUUCAUGAAACAACUCGAACUCUUGAAGUUGUCGACGAUCGUUCUGUACCGCAUUUACCGACAUGUCAUCACAUUCCUCCGUCGGCUACUGCAUGGGAUGUCGCACAAUCAUGAUAACCAUAUACAAGGACAAAGACUCAGUGUCGAUAAAAUAAUGAGAGCUACUCAGCCUGCUGUUCAGGAUACACGGAACCAGAUCUCAGUGACAACACUUGCUGUACGCCCUCCCGAAAGGGAGGAUGCGCCCACCUUUCACCAUUGUGUUGGGAGUUCUUUGUCAUUUCCAUUACCUCAGGUGCCAAUGGAUCAUCAACCUCAUUCUGUUCAGACAAGUCCAGCAGUACCUAAUGUCCGUCGACCAGGGGCAAUUGCUCUUCAAGCAAUGAUUGCAUCACAAAUUGGUAGGUAUAAAAGGAAUAUCGUUCAAAGUAAAGAUUUCCGUGUGUUCGAGAUUAACCCAGGGCCGGAUAAUUUCACGGAAUCAUCAACGCAGGUCGCCAACUGGUUGCAGCUCACUCACCCUGAAGGCGCCCGCUUCUUCUUUAACCCGAAGCAGAGAGUCUUCACCGAUCAGAAUAUUUUAGAGAAUAACCUUGCACUCGAAAUCCUUGCUGCAGCAGAGCAAGCGAAUCAAAUGGCAGCAGAGAAUGGCAGGGUUUGCGCCAACAUGGAACUUGCUAUCGAAAAGUUUCCCGAAGGCGAGUUUGGGUACUAUUUUGUAGAUCAUGAUGCACGGAUUAUCUUCUGGCCUGAGAUUGUCAAAUCUAGGGAACUUAUGAUCCAUGUACGAGGUGUCUCUGACAAAAGUCACAUCAGAUAUGCAUUAGAGGCGCAAUACUGGAAGCAUUGCACCUUGUUUCCAAACAUGCGUGCUCUCCCCAGGCAGGCAGUUGAUUGUUUGCGAGAUAUCAUUGUUUAUGCUCACUCCGAAUCAAUCACGUCUCAAACAUCCCUUUCUCCCUUCGACUUGGAUGAGCUCUCAAACAUACUCAGUGAUGUUGAUCAGGUGAAAGAUAACAUCGAAAAGGUCAACAAACACUCUGUCUGUAUUGUCGCCCGAUACAUGCACAUGUUCUUCCAGGCGAAAUUUGUCAAUUUUUGUGGGCAGCUUGGUGCCCGUCUUGACGCUGACCGAUCGUUAUAUGAAAGUAAUAUCAAGAAGCCAAAGCCCCUCUUCAUUCGUAUUUUGAAUAUUGUCCUGUUCAACUCUCCGAGCAUCCACAGCGAAUCCCUUCAUAAUGUUUGGGUAGACAAUACAGUGGUCAAACCUAGGUGGAAGAAGUUCAUCAGUCAAUUAAAUAGCGAGUGGAACAGCUUCACUAUAUUCUCGACUGUGAUGCUCGCUGUGGAUGUCAGUUUCUUGGCAGUUCCUGGGGUAGACAAUUCCUCUAUUCAGUCAAAGCCAGCAGUAACGAUUGUCGUUUACCUGUCCACGCUUUGUGCAAUGGGCUCGCUCGUGAUAUCUCUUAUCCUAGCGGGUCAGAUUAGCGACAAUAGACGGAACUCGGCUGGCAGUGUGGCAGAAUUCAUUUCCUCUAUGUCCCAAUCACUCCUUGGCAUCGAGAGUCUCGCCUUGAUGCUCAGCCUGCCAUUUGCUCUUCUUAUCUGGGGAAUGAUUUUCUUUGCAAUCGGACUCUCAAUCCUCAUCUUCUAUACUACUGAUAUCGUUGCAUUGAUUGUUGUUAUUCCCAUAUGGGCAGUUGUUCUCCUCCUCUCGACAUGGCCGGUCUUGGCAGCUAAUAACCUUCAUGUCUCGGAUGUUGUUAUGCGAGUUGUGAAGUCCUGCAAAGACAUAAGGCAAUGCAUGGUCAUUGUACAAAGGCGAUGA